GUGCUCUCACACACACAUAGACAUAUGCACAGUGUUGCACACACACUUAGACAUACUGCAAACUCUCCACAGGAAACUCUGAGCCAUAAUGUGAAGGCACCUCAGAGCAGACGGGUGCAUUGCUCAAACCAAGUGGGAUACGGCGCAGCUUUGAUAGUACGUUAAUUACUCAUGUGAUGUGAUACAGAUGUCUGGGGGCUUCAGCUGAAAGUUUGCCUGACGGUUUCCAAGGGGGCCAGGCAGGCGUUUUAGAAGCGCUGUAACAUAUUGAGGCAGUCUUCCAGUCAGUGAAAUCAAAGAGCUCGAUGUAUUCGAUAAUGGGGAUCGCAGCCCGGCAUAUGCUCAUGCUAAUGGCCUGUUUGGCAGCCAGAGGAAUGUGCCAGAUAAAGGAAGCGGAAGCCCAGGACUCUCUACCAGUCAUCCACUCCACCCUCCAAUCCUCAGGUCUCCACAGCACCGCCAGUCCAGAUCUGCCUUCAUUUGUCCCAGGAGCUCGGAUGCAAGCUUUGGGAUCCAGCUCUGCUAAUAAUACAGUCUUGAAGAGACCAGUGUCACCUCCAAAGUGCGUUGCAUAUCCCUCAAUUAGCAACUAUUUUAAGUACAUCAACACGGUCAUUUCAGUUAUCGUCUUUGUGGUCGGCCUGGUCGGAAACGCCACCCUCCUGAGGAUUAUAUACCAGAAUAAGUGCAUGAGGAACGGGCCCAACGCCCUCAUCGCCAGCCUUGCCCUGGGCGACCUCAUCUACAUUUUCAUUGAUAUACCGAUCAAUGCGUACAAGCUCCUGGCAUCCCGUUUUCCGUUUGAUGACCACUGGUUUGGCCUGUGUCUGUGCAAGCUGGUGCCUUUCCUACAGAAGGCCUCCGUUGGCAUCACAGUGCUAAACCUGUGCGCCCUCAGUGUGGACAGGUACAGAGCCGUGGCAUCCUGGAGCCGAGUGCAGGGAGUGGGCAUCCCUCUCCUCACCGUCAUCGAGAUCGUGACCAUUUGGGUUCUGUCUCUCAUCCUGGCCGUGCCUGAGGCCGUCUGUUUCGACAUGGUCACCUUCAACUUCAGCAACACCACCAUGCGCACUUGCAUGCUUAAUCCACAAAGCGAUUUCAUGAGGUUUUACACAGAGGCAAAAGACUGGUGGCUGUUUGGCUUUUACUUUUGUGUCCCACUUAUCUGCACUGCCAUCUUCUACACUCUCAUGACCUGUGAGAUGCUGAACCACCGGAAUGGCACCCUCCGCAUCGCGCUGAGUGAACACCUGAAACAGAGGAGGGAGGUGGCCAAAGCUGUCUUCUGCCUUGUGCUGAUCUUCGCCCUGUGUUGGUUCCCUUUGCACCUCAGCAGGAUUCUAAAGAAGAUGGUAUACCGCCCGAAAGACAACAUGCGCUGUGAACUACUCAGCUUCUUGCUGGUUCUGGAUCACCUCGGUAUCAACCUGGCAACAAUCAACUCGUGUAUAAAUCCUAUCAUUCUAUACUUUGUCAGCAAGAAGUUCAAAAACUGCUUCAAGUCAUGCUUGUGUUGCUGGUGCUACUCUGACAACCAACUGAACAGCAUUGGACUCGUGAAUGGUACCAGUGUCCAGUGUAAAAGUCCAGAACCCAACAACCUCCACACUGACAAAAGUAUCAGGAAAAACAGCAACUGAUUGUUCUCUGGAGGUUUUAAUGAGUUCAAAGCGCAAGUAUAAUGUAAAUAUGAAAAUACAAAUGUAUAUGAAAGCAUAAUUUGGACUCCGAGGAAACAAAUCCAUCUGGAAGAAAGAAUAUUUGGAACUGGAAUACAAGGAACAAACCAUGGAGUGAGUUUCCUGAAUCUCGCAGAAGGGCCAAGCUUCCUGAGAAACCCCCCCUGUGUUCCCACACUCACAGGCAGUGACACAGUAGCCUAAGAGGAAGAGAAGGAUGAUGAGGAAGAGGAGGAGGACUCUUUAAAGGGAUACAGCUGAACUCUAUAAAUGAAUCUAUCAAGAGCCAAGCGUGCUGUUCCUGUAAAGGGCAGCACCACUGGAAAGGAGGCAACAAGAACGAAAAGGCUGUCUGCUGGCGGUCAGAGAGAACGAUGUUGAGACACGUGUACAUGCUGUUCCCAGAAGUUUGCUACUCACUGGGAUUAAUAACCAAACAGGCAUGUUAAUGACUCAAACGACAAUAAUCGUCAAGACUGAAGGUUUGCAACUUAUUUGACUUAUACUCACUGCAUUUAGCUGGAUACUGUUUCUGUUAUAUCCCUCAAGAUUUUUACAAAAAUAAAACUGUGGCAGAAGAAUAAUUUAAGUGUAAUGUGAACACAGAUCUGUGUAUAGCAAAAGUAAAGGGUUACAAGAUUUUGCAGUGCUAAGAAUCUUCCCAAGUAACUGGCAUAAAUCUGCAAGAUUAUCACUUACAACCCUGUUAUUUCUAAACUCUUUUUAAAGGCCAUGUAUAUGCAGUCACUUUUACAGCUUUUUAUUUUAGUUUUGCGAUUGUAGCUCAUGCCAGUAAUAUUAAUUUCCAUGUAUAAAUCUGUGAAAUAUGUGAAAAAAUAAACAGUGCAGGUGAAAGUUGCUAAAGACAAAAUAAUGCAUCCUGGCAACAUUUCUAGAUUGAAUGUGAGCUCAUAUGGUGAUAAAAUAAUGCUUUUUAUAGCAAGUGUCCAGUACAAAGACGGAAGUUAGGAGAAAUAAUUUGUGAGAGGCAGAAGCUUGGAGAUCUAAUAGACAGGCACCCUGCACAGGGAUUAAAAGUGUGCUAUGGCAAGAGCAGCGCAUCUAUAAUUCACCCUACUAGCAAAUGGCCACUUGUGUCAAAACUAGCAAGUUUCUUCUGACUUUUUUUACUUUAACCAGCUAUGACGUGGUUGCGUAAAAAAAAUAAUGGAAGCAGUGUUACCGUGUGCUUAACUCAUGAUUGUUUCAAGGACUCCACCAAUAACGCCACUUACACUCCAUAAGUCCAUCUACUAUGUGUCCCUUAUAAACUAAUGCUGGACAUGUGAUGGUUGAAAACCAGAUCUGGAAGGAAAAUACUAAUAACAGAUCAGAUAGUAAGUGCAGUCAAACACUCAGUCUUUUAGCUCAGACAUUGAGAAAAAAAACUUGUCAGUGUGCAGCUAAUUUUCCCUUUCAUGGAAAAUCUUUGGAGCAAGUGGUUAUUGAUUUCAUUUGAUAACGUAACUAUGGUUUAUUAGUUCAUGUUUGUACUGAAAGCAAG